AGGACCCCACCUGGGAGAUGACUGCCAUGGUCUUCUUCAUUGAGAUACUGGAGCGCUCUGACUCUGAGGACGAGGUGGACCGUGCCCUCGGGAUCUUGGACAUGUAUCUGCGGAGCCAGUGCCUGGGGAUGCCCAGCCUGGUGCUCAGGGCUAUCCUCAGGCUCACCGAGAGGCCUGACACGGCAAGGAAAACCCUCAUCCUGCUGCCACUUGUCAUGGAGCGGCUGCAGGAUGAUGACGACGCCACCAGCGACGCAGCCCUGCACGUGCUUGCCAACAUGCUGCGGCUGCUGGAGGGGAAGACGCUGAGCCUCACCGCCCUGGAGCUGGCUGCCAAGCUCUGGCCACUCUUUGGCUGCGUGUCGGACACUGUGCGGGAGCUCUCCAUCCAUCUCUUCCGAGAUGUGAUGGGGCUUGUGGCAGGCAAAGAAAAGAAGAAGAUGAAGAAUGAAGUGCAGAACAGCCUGCUGCCCCUGCUCUUUCACCUGCAUGAUGAGAGCAAGAGUGUGGCCAAGGCCUCCCAAGAAGCUCUCCGCAGCGCUGGCCGCUUCCUCAACUGGAGGAGGCUGGCACAGCUGGCUGGGACUGAGCAGGCAUGGAGGAUCCGCGAGCGCUUGCUGGCAAAGAACAGGAGCAGGACCAAGGACUACCUGCACCAGAGCCAGCGCUACCUGCAGAACCCACAGGUGGCUCUGCGCCUGGAGGCUGUGAGGUUCAUCGGGCUCAUUGGACGGCAAGUGGACAGGCAGGAAGAUGUGGAGCAUGUCAGAGAGGUCCUUCGACAAACACGGACAGAUGGCAGCCUCCCUGUCUCCUCCCUGCUGGCUCAGACCAUGCUUCUGCUCAAUCAAAGAAGUGGCACCGAGGUGGAGUUUCCAACAGCUGAGCUUACAGCUGCAGAGGGCAUGGAGAAGGUUAACACUCGGUGCCCAGCAAUGACUGAGCAGCCAGGUGAUGGAAGAUAAACAGGAAGAGAAGGGUAAUGUCUUGAGUUUCCAUUUGGAAGUACUGAACACUGCUUUCGAGGGGAAUUCCUUCCCUUCUCCCCCCUGCUCCCUUCUCCCCCCAUGUAAGGGGUUAACGCUCCUGGGGGGGGUGGUCUUGACCUUGACCCCAGGUCAUCCUGGCUCCUCCCCAGCAGAGGGUCUGAAGGUGACUCCAGGUAUAGUGGUUAGCCCACGCCCUGUCUAGCCCCCUGUAAAAACACAGAAACUUCCUGUUUGUCUCAGCCGCCUGCCUGUUCGCUACCACCUUGCUGCUGCUGCUCCUGUCUUCCACGUGCUGGGCAAAUCCUGAAGCUCGACCUCCGUCCGUCGCUAUCAGUCUGGUUGUGUGUGUGUGUGUGUAUAUAUGUUGUAUCUUGCUUUGUUUUCCCCUUCCCUAUACCUCUUUGUAUCUCCCCUACCUUACCUCUACCUUCUGUUUAUUAUUAAAUAAUAAUAGUCUCUUGAAGUGAGACUAUUUA